CAUUUUCAAAAUUUACUCUCACACAGCCAACACAAACCAUUAUCUUCCUCUUUUAAAUUCUCAGUUUACAGAGACAAUUUGACAUUCAAUUGAAUUGUGCUCGUCCAACGAAAAAGCCAAUUUCAUAGAAACAAAAAUGGCAUUCUUAAACCUAGUUAAUAACCUUUCGAAUAUUGGCAAUUUUGGAGCUAGAAUUGCUAGGAAUAGGGUUGUUUCAGCUGUUGGGCCAAGAUUUAUUCAGCAGGCAAGUUCGAAGCAGGAGGCAGCAUGUGACAACGCAAAGGUGGCUGUCAAAGAAGGAGCUAAUGAAGCAAAGAAGACAGGUGAAAACGUAAAAGAUAUGGCUGGCAAGGCAUCGGAUGCAGCCCAAGAAAUGACUGCCAAAGCAAAGCAAAGUGCGCAAAACACAUGGGAUUCAGCCAAGGAGACAGCUCAAAAGGCUAAAGACACAGUGCUAGGAAAGGCCGAUGAAUCAAAGGAAGCUAUUAAAGAAAAUGCAGAAAAAAUAAAGCAAAGCAUCAACACCAAAAACUGAUUAUUCAUUCAUUCCAAAAGUUUGAAAGACGAUUAAAAUAAACAGGCCAACAAGCCGAUUAGUUGGUGCACCAAAGUCUUUCUUUGGAACCCUCUUUGUUCUUUUUUUUCUCCUGUUUUUGGCUGUUUUCAUUGCCACUUGUCCUCGCUCUAUGGAUUAUCGUUAUGUGCGACAUCAAUUCAUGUGUGAUUGAUUGAUGGAAAGGCUGCUGUAAGCCUCGCAUGAGGAGUGAUCGAUUCGUUCAUGGCACAUAGCAUGAGAUCCCAAUGGGUAUAUAAUUAAACAAUAAAUCCCAGACUGGGAUUUUGGUUUUUAUUUUGCAUUUCGGUUUGUCCUUGUUGUUCUUCAUCUCCCCACUUCUCUGUCAUCGCAUGCGUUUACGCUUCGGUUUAGUUGUCUCUUUGUUUCCAUUGUUUUCCAUCUUGUCCACCAUUGUCAUGGAUUUCCUUCUUUCUUGUCCUAAUUUGAUAU